GCUGAGGUGCCAGGGUAAACAAAAACAAUAGAAGUUCAUUUUCAAAUCAAAUUGAUAUUUUUUGCCUUUCUCUACAACAUCGUGAGCUUCUUCGCGUGUCUCUGUAGAUCUUCCUUCAAAAAGUGUAUAUUUCAAAUCUAUGUAUAUUAAUUACAAUUACUCUUUUCUAUUCAAGACCAGAAACACAGUAUUAUGUGUGUCUGGAACUAGCGUUCAUGCCUUUACUUACUUCUAUACUUAGCUCAUACUGCAGUCGUUUUUAUGUUUGAAUAUCAAACUAUUUCUCGGCUCGAUUUUCUCUCUUCCCAACAAUGAUAUAAAUCUAUGAAAGGAAGGUAAUGAAACCAUGACAGUUUUUGUGAAUGAUCCGUGUGGCAUCAUCUGCAUAACUUUUACGUAUGCUGCCCUACUCUAUGCUGAUUACGUGAUAAUAAAAUGGGUUGUGAUGCAAACAAUGAUAGACAGCUUGUGGGCUCCAGUGCACGUAGUGCUGUUCAACACGCUUAUAUUUCUCCUGUCGUUUGCUCAUCUAAAAGCGACUUGUUCAGACCCAGGCGUGGUUCCCCUGCCUCAAACUAAGAUAGACUUUUCUGAUAUGCAUUCAGGGACAGAAGGUUUGCUGCAGAAGGAGAAUUGGACGGUUUGUACCCGAUGUGAAACUUAUAGACCCCCAAGAGCUCAUCAUUGUCGCAUUUGCAAACGUUGUAUUAGGCACAUGGACCAUCAUUGUCCUUGGAUAAAUAAUUGUGUCGGUGAGCGUAAUCAGCAAUACUUUGUUCAGUUCCUGAUGUAUGUUGGUGUGCUCUCUCUCUAUGCAAUAGUCUUGGUUGCAUUCUCGUGGAUUAAAGAAUGCACCUACUGUAGUGAAGAAAUCAGUAUCAAGCAGACAAGAAUAUUGCACUGUGUGAUAUUAGUGAUGGAAAGCACUCUGUUCGGAAUAUUUGUAACUGCCAUACUGUACGAUCAAUUGGAGGCUAUCGCCAAAAAUCAAACUACCAUAGAACAACUUCAAUCAGGCUCAAGCUCUAGUUACAGUAUGAGAAGAAUGUGUUUUAGUCAGCUGUGUCGUUUUCCCUUCGAAUAUUCCCCCCUUUCGAAUUCAUCAUCUUCAUCAUCACUUCAUAGCCUCAGGAAUUCAACAAAUAAAUCCUUAUCUAGUGACAUUGUUUGAUUAAUCUAUGUGUUUUAAUCUGGUCCAGACUUCUUGUUAGUUCUUUAAGUAUGAAGUAAAGUUGAUGAAAGAAGUCUAAGUGACAAUAGCAAUGAUGUUAUUACUUAUAUCCAAAGAAUUUUCCCUCCUAAAAGGAGGCAACGGCAGUGAAUUUGAGGUACAUGUCAUUCUCAUUUGAUGUAACAACUGAUUACGUUAUAAUCUUUUGACUCUUGCAACUGUCAUUUGCACUCAGCCUAUGAAAAUUGCUGAGACACCAAUUGGUGAUCAUAUGAUCAUAGUCAAGGUGACAUCAUGGCUCUAAAUUAUACAUAGUGUUUUCUCUAUAGAGGGACAAAUCUCACGUAGAGCACAAUUUCCCUCUUUAAGUUAUUCUGUUUGACGCAAUACUAGUUAUGUCUAAUGAAGAAACAUCUACAGAUGCAUUUCAAGUCUAAUUAGACCUAUCAUGAGUGCGAUUUUUCCCUCCUUAACAAGAAUAAUCUAUGUAAUGUAUAGUCAUGACAAACCAGAUUUUGAUUAAUCAUUAUUUCCUCUCUCCCAGUAAGUUUAAGUAAUGUCUGGCUCCCGCGGCCAUGAGUUACAAAAUUUUGUUAAGAAUCAUCGUAAGGUGUUAAAACUGUUGUAUUAAAAAUAAGAUGCGUUAAGAAAAAACUCAUCAUUUACAUUAUACUGAAAAAAAAAUUGUAUGCAAUUAAAUAUUUUAUAGCAAUGGACCACUGGACAAGGUACAAAUUUCAGCAUUAUGUAAUAUGGUUUCUCAUCAAAAUUUCAUGUAGAACAUUCUACAUGAUUCUUCUAGAAUCCUUACUGUGACAGUCUUUGAUGUAUGAAAAUAUGACAACCUCAAUAUUGGCGCUUUGGCUCAGCUAUUGUACGGUGUUUACACUUUAAACAACAUAGGGCGCUAAAGGAACCUCACUCGAUUGAGAAGCCUACCAAAACCGGUAUAGUAUGCCUUUCGAUUCAAGCAGCUCUUACCAAAAUCGGUGUUGCAUACCUUUUGAUUCAAGCAGCUCCUGUUUUCUCAUGUGAGGGAAAUUUAAAUUUCUCAUUACCAAUACAAAAUAAAAACUUUAAAAUCGUGGUUGGAUGCUAAUUUUAGUGAUUUUCAUCGUGCAAAUCGUGUUCCUAAUAAAUAAUGCAGCAGAUACACGUAUCGAAAUGCAUAAAAUCGUACCUUAUCUAGUGGCCCAUUGUCAAAGCUACUAAAUGCACACUAAAAUUUGACCCUAUUGAAAAUGCUUCUAUUGAAAAUCAAGCUGAAAAUACAUCAACUUUGUGUGUUGUGUCUGAGACUGACUAAUCUUGUAGAUCCUUAACAGACGUCCCUCUUUAUGGAAAUUAUGUAAACUAAUGGAAUUUACCAUUUUGAUCAACACACUGAUGUGAUUUUCACUGUUACGAGUGGCCUUAGCUACUUGCAAUUUUAAUGACCAUCUCUAAAAAUUCUGGCUGUGAUUUUAUUGGAAAAAAAGAAAAAAUUUAGUGUUAAAUUUAUAUUGUUAGCGGCAUCAAUUUUGCUGUGGAGAAUUAAAGUGGAUGUCUUUUUUAAGUGCUGCAAUGGAGAUUUUAGGGUCUGCUCCUACAUCCUUAAGUCUUGUAUCCCGUUGUAUUUUUUUGUUGAAACUUAAAAUUCAGGAAAAUCUUUGAAGGCAACAACAGGAAAAGCUUCAAAAGAACUUAAUAUAAGUAUAUUUUUGGUAUUGCAAUCCCUCAGUACCUCAUUCAUUCUAUAUUAAUGAAGAAUGUAUUGUACUUUUGUUUCACAUUUUUUUUUCUCUUUUUUUGUGUAUUACUUUUAGAAACUAUAUUUUCCUUGUUUUUUUUUCUGUUAUGUACUUAUGUAAGUCUAGUAUGUAUAUGUCAUUGUUUGAAACUAAUUUUUUGUACAAAGAACUCAUGGAAUGAGUAAAGUAUAUCUAAAUAUAUUUAAAUUUUUUUAAUA